AUGGUAGUUCAAGAAGGGAUGCAAAGUGGUUUGCCGAGCGGAAUCGUUGGACAACCCCGAUACAACCCAAAUUCUAUGGCUCUGAUGCCUAACAUGAACCCCGGUCUGGGGAUGGGGUCGGGACUAUUUGCGGAUCAAAAUUACUACCGUCAUGGAGGAUAUUCCGGGCCGUUGAUGGGCUCCAUGUAUUCGCCACACGACCAAUAUUCCAGCAUGUCACGGGCACAUUAUAGCCCCUACGGACCUCAGCAUACACCGAAAGAUAUGGUCAAACCACCGUAUAGUUACAUCGCACUCAUUGCAAUGGCGAUACAAUCUAGUGCCGAGAAAAAAUGUACAUUGAAUGGAAUUUAUCAAUUUAUCAUGGACAGGUUCCCGUUUUACCGUGAAAACAAGCAAGGUUGGCAAAAUAGUAUACGACAUAACCUCUCCCUAAAUGAAUGCUUCCUAAAGGUACCCAGGGACGAUAAGAAACCAGGAAAGGGAAGUUACUGGUCUUUAGACCCGGACAGUUAUAAUAUGUUUGAUAAUGGCAGUUACCUGCGCCGUCGAAGACGCUUCAAGAAACAAAAAGGUGCCGGAGACAGCAAGGGAUGCCACGGUGUCGAAAAACACGAAGUUGACGGCUCACCCGGUCUUCAAGACGAGGAAUCCAAUGAGGGUUCCCCGAGCAGACCGCUCGAUGAAGAAUCUAGACAAGAUGGCGCCGAAAGGCAAAGUGGGUCAACGCUGGAGAAUCGAAUACGGGAGGCAUCAGAUAGCGGAUUGUGUUCUCCAAGGCAGCAGCAUGAGUCACUUCGCGAAGUUACAAGCACUAAACUUGAACCUAUUGACCAUUCUGAAUCUCGCAGUGACUGUAUGAAUGACAGCGUUAGCCACCACGGUGGGCAAUCAGGACAUAUCGGUGUGGACACUUCUUCGGGAAAUCCUUUGCCAAUACCCGCCGACCCUAUACCUGGACCAACCCAGCAAGACAAUAUUGUAAGCAGUUUUUCAGUGGAUACUAUUAUGACCAGUAACUCGGCUGCAUCCCCUUGUGACUUAUCUCAUUCGAGUUCUGUCCCGGGGAACACUUCCUCACGGGGAUGCAGUUCUUCAUUAGUUUCUCCUCAACCCUUGAGCUAUCCUAGAACGACCUGCACACAGAAUAGCACCAUAAACUAUCAUUGCAACGCACAAAUGCAGACUUCUUCCGUCUUCCCCGACACCCAUAGCAAUCAUAUGUCUAUAGCGGGCCAACAGGCGGUGGCAGGGGCAGGGGUAGCAGCGGAGGACAUGUCGAGUCACAGUCUGGCAAGCCAGAGCCAUGGACUUUCUAAUCAGAUGUACGGACUCGCGGCCCAACAGUAUUCCCGUCAUAACUCUUGGUACCAAGUUUCCCCAGAGCUGACUAGUGAAAUGACGGCCUCGGCCUCAUCGCCAUAUUCAAAUUUGUAUGACACUCAACGUCUAGGUGGUGGGGCGACUGGGGGCCAGCCCUCAGGGGUAACGGGUCAGAGUUGUCAACUAUCAUCCUUUAGGCACCCUUCAUACUCAAAACCCGGCCAUUAUCCAUAUGACUGCAAGUAUUAA